GUCGCUUUGGCAAGAUAUUAAAAGGAUGGAAAUGUGCUUUUUCGGUUCAAUAUUUAAUAAGCUUGUCUACACUACGGUGGAGUAUGGGAUAAUACAAUCAUGGCAUAAUUAUCGUUAACGUUACAUCUGCAUAUAACGUUACAACGGCUAAUAAAGUGGAAUGGGAAUGAGGGGAUGCUGAAGGAUGCUGUUGUUGCCAACACCACCGGCGGAGUACACGUAAGACAACCGAUAGUAGUAUCUGCUAACAAACCUUAAGAAGUCUCCUUCAGAAGCAUAUCUUCAAAGGACACAAAACACGCAGGAUGUAAACGAAGAGACAGCCAUAUGUGCACCUCCAGAAGAGAAGAUGGCACUGGUCGUGGUUGGUGCUCUCCUAUGCCUGUCCUGUUGGGUCUCUCUCUACUUUAUCUUGUGUAACGUUAACGCGUCAAGGAGCUACGAGUGGAACUGUCGCCUUGUCACCCUGGUACACGGCAUCCUGGCAGUCUGCAUCACAUCAUACAUAGGCUAUGUGGAUGGACCCUGGCCUUUCACGUAUCCAGGUACUAAAAACACUCCUCUGCAGAUAAGUGCCAUGGUUGUGAGCCUAGGCUACUUUAUUUUUGAUAUGGCCUGGUGUGUGUACUACCGCACAGAGGGACCCGUUAUGCUGGCCCACCACACCAUGAGCAUCCUGGGAAUCCUGUUGACCCUUUGGUUGGGAGAGUCUGGCAUUGAGUCCUGCGCGGUACUCUUUGGCAGUGAAAUCACCAACCCCCUCCUUCAGGCACGCUGGUUCCUCAAACAGACAGGACAUUACGGGACACUGCUGGGGGACAUUGUGGACGUCCUGUUUGUGCUGCUGUUUGUGGUGAUGCGAAUCUUUGUGGGAGGCACAAUGCUAUACUGUGAGCUGAUCUCCCCGAGACCCAGAUUCUUUAUCAAGUGUGGGGGAGUGGCUAUGUACGCUCUAUCCUGGGUGUUUAUGGUGGACAUUGUUCAAUUUGCCAUUCGGAAGCGCAAGAGCUGGAACAAACAGAAGCAAGUCCAACAAGAGACAUUGGCAGCUAAUGGUCAUGAAGGGAAGAAGGACUGAUUGACUUGUGCUUCUUUAAAUGAAACCUGUGUCUUUGUUUUUCACUUUGGACACGCAAGGAAAAGUACAAAGAAAACAACUUUUUGUAUGUUAAACUGCUCCAAAGGAAAGCUCAAUGUUAGGAAAGAGACAGUUUACUUGUAAUGUCUUUUUAAUCAGUUUAAAAAGUUAGGAUUGGUUUCCUUGUAACCCUGUGGGUUUUUUGGUGCAUGGGAAACUUUGCGCAGAUGUGAAAGGUUCACUCAGGGGGAUGAAGUCAUACCAGAAAGUUAGGAUGGAAAUGUGUGUGUGAUGUGUUUGAUCACUUUGUUUAAUCUACUUUAUAGCAAUAUAUAUUGCAAUUCAUAUAAGCUUUUGAAUUCCUGUAAAAAUGUUAUUAAUUUAUUAGCUUUGUGUAAAGGGAUACAUAAAGAGAAAACUUCUCAAUUACAUAGUUCAGUGGCAAUGCUAUUAUUUUGCCGUCCGUUUGGAUAUAUGUUAACUUUAAAUAGCUUAAAAUGUUGGGUUAAAUUGUGUCAGAUUUGGAAUUUGUGCCUUAUAGUAUAUUAAAUUAUUUAAAGUUUCUGAUUUCAAAGGAUCCAUACUCUGUACUGAUAGCUUAAUUUAAUUUGAUAUGCAUGGUUUAGUCUUACAGAGAUCUUGUUAGACAAGACAGUUAAAUACAAUGUAUUUUGAGCUAUCUGGACAGUGUGCUAAUCUUUUGUCUGACUUUUUCAGUUAUUAUGUUUUGGAUCCAGCACCUUUAAAUGUUUUUUGGAAUGUACAAGCUCUACACUCUGUAUGUCCUAAUAGAUGGCUGGAUAGAUAGAUAUAUUAUAUCUAGUAAUCUUUAAGACAAAAAUACACUACUUUCAGUAAAGGACAAAAACCUGUGCAUUCAUGCAUGCAUCUUUUGUUUGCCUGACAUGUUAUAUUUUCACAUUUAGUCUUAACACAAAGCAGUGACACACACAAGCACACAACUAGGGUUGAGAAAUAGGUUUAAUUUAUCGAGUAAAAUCAUUGAGAAGAUAUACUGAUAUUGGGUUAUUGUUGGGCAAAAUUAUGUUCCAUUCAUUCCAACCAUACUUACAAACAACAACAAAAAUAUUUAAUUUUUGGAUAUAUGUGUCAAGAGUUUUGUCAGAGUUUUAGUAUUUUAUGUGGGAUUUUGCCAACAUUUGCCAUAAUGUGAUAAAUAAAAUAUUCAUCUCAAUAUUGUGAUAUUGGUUCCCACCUUAUUGUCUGGACAGGACACACACACACACACAGGUGCAUAAUGGUAUAAAGGCAGGUGGAUUGAACAUAUUACGAUUAAGCCCGCUCUGCGACUGGAUUUGUCCCAUGGCAAAAAAGUUACCAAACUACCAGGUUUUUAUUGUGCUCAGUCUUUAAAUCGAUAUUCCUAAUAUUAUGACAAUUUUUUGUUUGUUACUUUAGUGCACAUGGAUAUAUAUGGUAAUGUGCUAAAACCUCUGCCAUCCUUUUGUUUUCCUAUUUAAAUUUGUUAGAGAUUUUAUGUGCUGCUGUUUACCUGACUGCCACUGUUAAGAACUAUGUGAGCAUAUUUCCAAGAAAGUAAAAAUCUAACUGGUGUGUACUUUUCCUAAUUUUGUCUUUGGUUUUUGUCUUGUACUGGACUGUAAACAUAAGUAUAGGAGUAAUGCAGAACUAUUUUCGGUUCGGGGUUUCAUGAUUUGCCUUUGUAAUCCCUGUGUGAAGUUAAAUAAAGAUGUGAUAGAUUGU